AUGAUAAUGAAGAAGGUUGGUUCUCUACUUUUCUGACUUGACCUCCUUUUUCUUCUUCCGCUCUGCUUGAUCUCUUUUUAUUUUGCAAACCCCAAAAAUAGAAGAAGAAAAAAAACCAGAAAUGAUUGUUUGAUUGUUGGUUAAGUUUGUCUUUGCUCAGCUGAUGUUUGAGAUCUUUGAAUUGUUGUGAUUAAGCCGUGGAGAAGUUUAAGCUCUGGGAUAAUUUGGGCUUUUUGGUUAACAGCCAUAUGCACAAGCUAAGUGGAAAUCAGAAGAUUUUAAAGAAGAUAACACAAUUUUUUUGGUACUCUUUUCCACGACAAGAAUGUCAUUCCGUAGUAUAGUUCGUGAUGUUAGGGAUGGCUUUGGAAGCUUGUCCAGACGGGGUUUUGAAGUCAGGCUGAUGGGCCAUCAUAGAGGAAAAUCUCAUGGGUCAUUAAAUGAUUUACAUGACCAGCCUCUCAUUGUUCAGAACAGUCGUUGGGCUAGCCUUCCCCCAGAACUAUUGUAUGAUGUAAUUAGGAGGUUGGAGGAGAGUGAGAGCACAUGGCCUUCUCGAAAGCAUGUUGUUGCAUGCGCCUCAGUUUGUCGUUCUUGGAGGACCAUGUGCAAAGAAAUUGUUAAGAGUCCUGAGAUCUGCGGGAAGCUCACUUUUCCUGUGUCGCUGAAGCAGCCUGGUCCACGAGAUGGACUCGUUCAAUGCUUCAUUAAAAGGGAUAAAUCUAAUCUAACAUACCACCUGUUUCUGUGUCUUAGCCCUGCUUUGCUAGUGGAGAAUGGGAAAUUCCUUCUUUCUGCAAAGAGGACUCGACGAACUACUUGUACAGAAUAUGUCAUUUCUAUGGAUGCUGACAACAUUUCAAGAUCAAGCAGUGCUUACAUUGGAAAGUUAAGGUCAAACUUUCUUGGCACAAAAUUCAUUGUAUACGAUACGCAGCCUGCAUACACUUCUGAACAUAUUCCCCCACCAGGGCGGACAAGCCGUAGAUUUAAUUCCAAAAAAGUCUCCCCAAAAGUCCCUACUGGCAGCUAUAACAUUGCUCAGAUAACAUAUGAGCUAAAUGUGUUAGGCACUCGUGGCCCUAGAAGGAUGCAUUGCAUAAUGCAUUCUAUCCCGGUCUCAUCUCUUGAUGCAGGAGGUUCUGUCCCUGGCCAACCGGAACUCCUUACCCGCUCCCUGGAAGACUCCUUCCGAAGCGUAUCUUUCUCCAAGUCUCUUGACCACUCAGUUGAAUUCAGUAGUGCACGAUUUUCUGAAAUUGUUGGACCCCGAGAUGAUGAGGAUGGCAAGACAAGACCCUUGGUUUUGAAAAACAAGCCUCCACGAUGGCAUGAACAACUACAGUGUUGGUGUCUGAACUUCCGAGGUCGGGUAACUGUUGCUUCUGUUAAGAACUUUCAGUUGAUUGCUGCCACUCAGCCUGCUGCUGGUGCACCUACUCCAUCUCAGCCAACGCCUCCCGAGCUUGAUAAGAUAAUCUUGCAGUUUGGCAAGGUUGGUAAAGAUAUGUUCACAAUGGAUUAUCGUUAUCCUCUAUCUGCAUUUCAGGCUUUUGCCAUCUGCUUGAGCAGCUUUGACACCAAAUUGGCUUGUGAAUAGAAAAGAGUAAAUAGACGGUUUGGUAAGCAGAAAAGACCAUUGACAAUCAUUCAUUCUCUUUCUCACCUUUUCUUUUCCUCUUCUGAUAUGAAUUUAUAUUUCUUGUAACUUUAUGGUAGGAAAUUGUUUGUUAAAUUUGUUCUGAACUCAGUUUCUGCCCUGAUAACAGGGUUUAACAGCAUUUUAAUAUCAGAGCUUAUUGUUACCCUGAUUCUCGGUUCAUGAUUUGUAUUGCCCCUUUGGUGUUGAUUCGUAUUGCAUGGCUACCGAACGUUCUGUUAUACUUUGAUUUCCACAAACCAAUUCCUUGUUUUUCGGGUGUUCGGAGGGGUUGGCCUUGACUCGCGCAUUAUUUUCUGGUGGUUCUGGAUGGUCGUCAUCCAUUUGAUGCUGGUGGAUGUCACAAUCGUGGUGUUGGCAGACAUGGUGGUGAUGGGAAAGUCUUGUCUUAAUUGGACUCUUGCAAUGCCAAUUUCUUUCUGAAUUUAUCAAACAAGUCAAUUUUAACAGCUCUGAUUUUGGCA